AUGUCUAAACACAUCGGUUUUGUUUGCAGUUCUUGUAAAAUUAAAGGUUUUCUUGGUGAACGUUAUAAAUGUGAAGUAUGCUAUGACUAUGAUCUUUGUCAGUUGUGUUAUUUUGAAAGUAAAACAACAAGAUAUCAUCUAAAAUCACAUCAUAUGAAAUGUAUCGAUGUACCGUUGCAAGAUUGUAUCGAUAUUAAGAGUAAUGUACGAACAGCAUUUUCAUUUCAAAUUGGUCAAAGAAAUAAAAAACAAGUAAAUUUCCCAUAUUUGGAUGCAGAUGAUUCAACAUUACAUGCUGCAGUAUUAAGUGAAAAUUUAUCAACAAUUAAAAGUGUAUUAGAUGAGAAAAGUGUUGAUAUUAAUAAAACGAACUAUCGACUUGAAACACCAUUACAUUACGCAUCGGCCAAACAUUUAUAUAAUGUUGUACAGUUAUUAUUGAAAUAUGAAGAUUGUAAUGUUAACUGUAAAGACUACUAUGGAUGUACAUCAUUACAUCGAUUAUUGAAUGUUGUUGAUGAUAGCAAUAAUGAUAUUUCACUGUUGGUAGAUUGUUUGAUUAAAUCGAAUCCAUUAAUCAUGUACACUCAUAAUAUUGCCUAUCAAACACCGAUGGAUUGUAUGUUAGAUGUUUAUAGUCACAAUAUAAUAUCCAUAUUUAUUCAAAAUGGUUAUCAACCAAAUAUUGCAUAUUUACCACAUGGUAGAACAGAUUUACAUACCGCUGUAUUCGAAAAUAAAGUCGAUAUGAUUGAGGUUUUAUUAAAUUUUGGAUGGAAUCCUAAUGAAAAAGAUCGUUGUGGUAAAAUUCCACUACAUUAUAUUUCAUCACUUCAUAGCGCAUGUAAAAUAAUCGAAUUAUUAUGUUUUAAUGGUUGUAAUAUCAAUAUACAAGAUAGUCAAGGUAAUACACCAUUGAAUACGUUUGUGUCGCAUUGUUCAAUAGUUGAUCCAGAUUUAACUGAUUUAUUAAAGUAUAAAUAUGAGUAUGAAAUUCCAACACUACUUCGAAAUACAAUAGAAUGUUUUUUACAACAUGGAGCUGAUAUGAAUAUCGAAAAUAUCUACGGUCACAAUCCUGCCUAUAAUGCUAUAAGAAAUCAAAUAAAAAGUGAUAUUCUUCUAUAUAUGAUUUCUCAUCUAAACGAACCAUAUCGAUGCCGAAAUAAAUCUGGUUGUUCUCUGCUUCAUUGGGCAAUUGCUUAUAAUCGAAUUGAAAUAAUAGAAGAACUCAUAUUCAAAUAUCAAUGUAAUCCACAAACACUGGAUAAUAGUGGAGCAAACGCUCUUUUCUAUACGGAUGAAAAUAUGUUUGAAACUGUACAAUAUCUAAUUCUAAAUGGUGUUGAUCCAUUUGCAUUUGAUCAGCAUGGGUUAACAGCAGCCAAACAAGCACAGUACUUUGGUUUCACUGAUAUUCUUCGAUUGUAUAACGCUGAAGGAAUUGAUCGUUAUCCGAUAAGAUCAUUCAAAGAUGUGCCGCGGCCAACAUUAUCGCCAGCUGAUUUCACUAGACAAGUAAUAAAUUCACCUUACGUUGGAAGUUUACCAUCAAAUAUCGAUGAAAUAAAUGAAAUCAAACAUGCUGUUCAAUUAUUUAUGAACUAUUUAUCAACAACAAUUAUUCAAUUGGAUAAACGCUUUCAAUUUCAACCACAGUUAUCAGGUAGUAUGAUGGAACAAACAAAAAUAGGAUUACCUAAUGAAUUUGACUAUAUGUGUGAUCUAGAAUUAUUUAAAAUAUUGAUUUCAAAUGUUAUUAAUUAUUGCGAUAAUGAUGAGUUUAUUCGUCCACCGGAUGGUUUUGCAAGAAUUAUAUGUUCAAAUGGAAUUCGCCCUGAUUUGGAUGAGUAUACAUAUAAAGAUCAGUUAGGUAUAACAUUAAUGCCAUUAGCAAUCGUAUAUCGUUUCAAAGAUUUAUUAUCAGUUAUUUUAUCAAAUUAUAAAGCAAAUAUAAAUAAUUUAGAACUACGUACACAUUUUUCAGGACGAGAAACAGAUUCUAAAACAGCUAUCAACAUUAUUCUUGAAUGGAAUGGUUCAUUGUACAAAUGUUUGACAAUAUCAAUUGAUAUCGUUCCUGUGAUAAAAAUAAAUGAAAAGUCUUGGCCAAUAGCAAUUGAUCAUCAUCUUUUCAAGUCGAUAACAGAUAUUACACAAAUACCAUAUUGUCCUCCAACAUAUCAUGUUGUUCUCGUUAUGAAUACAAAAUUUUAUAUUGAUAGUAACAUAUUUUUACGUUUAUCAUUCAGCACAAUUGAAACUUACAUUGCACAUCAUGUUCCUAAUUAUAUUCGUUAUUCAUACAUAUUUGCUAAAGCAUUAACACACCCAUUGAUUAUUGAUGAAAUUUCUGUGCCUGUUCAAUGGUUAGACAGUGAAGAAGCAAGUAAUGUGACUGACGACGAUGAAGAAACAAAAUCGAACAGAAUAAACGAGAUAAAAGACGUAGAGGACAGUAAAGAUGAUGAUCAGUUAUCAUGGUAUACAGAAGAAAUUCUUGAAGGAUCGAAAGAUGAUAGUGUGUGUGAAGAAGAUAUUCAUAUUCGGGAUUAUAUCACAUCGUUUAUGUUGAAAAAUGUUUUUUUUUGA